GUGGAAGUAAAUUGUUUUUGGUGUUGGGUUCGGCCGCUUUGUUGUCUCAGGAGAAAUUCGCACCCCAGUUCCGGCCAGCAAUUCCUCGAUUACACGGGAAGUGUUCAAUGUCGAGGCUGCAUCCUGCCUGAGUGAUAACUACAAAGUUCGCAUCGUGUUCGCUUCAACCGAGUCCGUGGAAUGUUACCGAAGAAAAUGCCUGCGCUCAAAGACUCGCAUAUCGUCAAGAUUGCUGUGCAGAUGGCCCAGCAGAAUGCGCAGCUCAUCGAGUUUAAUCAGCGACAACCAUUGACGGGAAUCAUCCAAGAGCUCUGCAACAACUGGAACAUAUCCGAUUCGGAAAACUAUUCCUUGCAAUUCUGCGAAACAAACAAUCAUAAAUACGUGACUGAGAAGAACCGCAACGAAGUGAAAAAUGGAUCAGUCCUUCAGCUUCGUCACUCGCCAUCGAAGACUGCAAACGACAUUCUGGAUACAUUACGUUCGGGGUCAACUGGGAAGAAAAUCGAAUGCCUCGAGAAUCUUUCACAACUCAGCUCUGACCUAACAUUUGCAUUGGAAUUCAUCAAGGAGCAAGGUCUAAAUAUUAUUCUCGCAAUGAUUGAGGAUCCUGACUGUGAAGUGAACAUUCUAAAAUUCAGCAUGCUCAGUUUCCUUGAACUCAUGGAACAUGGGACUGUUUCGUGGGAAAUCCUACAGAAUCAUUUCAUCACGCGAAAUGUGAACAUUAUCGAGAAUUUCGGGAGGUUUCCAAAGGAGAGCGUUGAAUGUGCUUUGUCGAACUUGGAGAAUAUCGUUCAGAAUAGUAUGAAAUACACGCAAAUCGAGCAAGAUGUCACGUUUGAGGGUCUGCUGAAGUUGUUGCAAUCGUCAACUUCAUCAGUUGUUCAGCAAAAUACAAUUGCCUUGAUCAAUGCUUUGUUUGUUAAAGCGGAUGAUGAAAGGAAGCGUCAAAUAGCUCAAACGCUCAGCACAAAGGAAUUUCGGUCGGUGAUACUUAGCAGCGUCAUAAGUUCUGAUUUAGGAACUGAAAUGUCGCAUCAACUGUACGUUUUGCAAACACUGACGCUUGGAUUAUUGGAAAACCGAAUGCGGAUGAAGAUGAACGCUCAGGACCAGGAUGCGCAUGACAAAAUUAAAGAGUUGAGACGAAUCGCAUUCGAUGACUACUCAGGAUCUGGAGGUAAUGAUGAUCAAAUGCGUCGCGGUGGUAACGUCAAUUUCUCGCAAUAUUACAAAAAACUGGGUUUCAAGUGUGACAUAAAUCCAGCUCAAGACUUUUUUGAAACCCCGCCCGGUGUACUGGCUCUAGAUUGCAUGGUUUAUUUCGCUCGGAAUUAUACUCAGCAAUAUACAAAAGUCGUUCACGAGAACUCAUGCCGGGCUGACGAGCACGAAUGUCCUUUUGGUCGUACAUCCAUCGAACUAGUUAAGCUUCUAUGUGAAAUCCUUCGUAUCGGCGAACCGCCAUCUGAACAGUCAACGGUUUUCUACCCAAUGUUCUUUACUCAUGAUCAUCCAUUUGAGGAGUUCUUUUGCAUUUGUAUUGUGACGUUGAACCGUACGUGGAAGGACAUGCGAGCCACUUCUGAGGACUUUUUGAAGGUUUUCAGUGUGGUUAGAGAGCAAAUUACACGCACUUUGGGCUUCCUUCCCAAUAAUUUGGAUGACUUCCGAUCGAAAAUUGCAACAUUAAACUACCAAGCGAUCACGACACUGAGACAACAGGAACGGACGUCCAAAGAGGCGUGCGAGUCGACCGCCUCCUCGAUUGUGAAAUUGAAGGAGAAAAUCACUCCCGAAAUUAUGUCUCUGAUUAAGCAGCAGCGCUUGAACUUCUUAAUCGAAGGUACUCGGUUUUCAAAGUAUUCGCGCGGUGCUCGGAGCAAGGAUAAGUUCUGGUACGCUCGGCUUUCACCGAACUACAAAGUGAUCCAUUAUGGAGAUUGUGAUGAGAAAACGGUCCCUUCAUUGGAUGAACUAUCGAAUAAGGUGCUGGUCAUUGAUAUCAGACAGUUGUUGGUGGGCAAGGAAUGUCCUCAUAUGAAGGAGAUGCGCGCGAGGAAGUCCGCGAUCAAUUUAGGAUUUUCAAUUACAUUCGAUAAUAUGGAUCAAUCGACAUUAGACUUCGUUGCACCUGACGAGACAACUUUCAAUUACUGGACUGACGGGAUAAACGCUUUGCUGGGAAAUCCAAUGACGAGCAAACAAAUGGAGGAUGAUUUUGAGACCUUGCUUUCAAUGGAGAUCAAAUUGAGGUUGUUGGACACUGAAGGGGUCGAUAUAAGCAAGGAUCCCCCGCCUAUUCCUGAUGAUCCUGAAAACUAUGACUUUUGCUUUGAGAGUUAAAGCGCAUAGUUGGAUUUUGAAGGAAACUACUUCCAAUCGGACAUUCUAUGCACAUUUAUUUCGUUUCAGUUAGAUUGGAAUCCAUCGAACAAUUUCAGAGAUGAUUUGGAACUGUUUCCUGAUUCAAAUGGAGUCCGAUCUAACUGGGGAAGUAUAUGGUAGUAGCGUAAGGGAAAUAUAUUUUUCAUACAUAAGCUAAUCGUCUGCAAUGCAUGCCAAAGUAUUUUGUAACUAGAAUCGUUUGUAACCUGAAAAUUACUUGUAGUUUCGCGUAAGAAAAUUAUAAGUUACGUCGAAUAAGGCGCACACAUCCUUAUUUAUAGAUUUUCAUUCGAAACAUGGAAGCUUUGCCUGAAACACACAAUCACAAGAAGGAGCAAAAGUUUAGGUCAUAAUGAGUUCCAUUCCUAACAAACACUUCGCACAGGACACAUCUCUUUAUCCUGCAGUUGGAAAACUCCAAUGAAUAUCUUGAAUUACUCUAUCCCACAAAGUCUUAGCGGCUUUAUAACAAACUACAGAUACAUUACUUCAUACGCUUGCACACAUAUCAAUGUUUUCCGUUUCUAGCAAUAACCGGGCUUGCAAAAAUUAAGUGAGUUUAGAGACGCACAGCAAAAAAUAACGCACAAUCGUUGUUUGUUUUUUUCUGUUUGCAAUCGCAAUCUUUUCUUGACUAAGAAAAAGAAUAAUCAAUUAAACUAGCGAAUUUAUUUUUUAAGUGCAAUUAUUGUUUGUGUAAACAUUUUACACCUUUUUAGCUCAUUUAAUAUUCAUUCAGUCAUCAUUUGUCUAUUUUAUUACAUUUGAAUGAGGUUCAUUUUCCAUAUUACAAUAAGCUCUUGAUGAUGGUUUUCAUCCCCUCAAAAUCGAUCAUAAAAAUAUCUAUUAUGCAAUUUUUAUUUUAACUUUUUGCUGUAAGGAAUUUAUACACAUUUAUCUAUAAAGAUAUUUUGAAAAAUUUAUAUUUGAAAUAAACUAUUUGUAU